AUGGUGUUUGCUAUACAAAUAUAUGUUGUUAAUAGAGGAGGCCCUUUGUUUGUCUCAAUGUAUUUGCCUCUGCAAACCUUACUUGCGGCUUUAAUAGCUGCUGUUACAUUGGGUGAAGAAUUCUACUUGGGAGGGGUAGUAGGAACAGAAUUGAUAAUAGCUGGAUUGUAUCUGGUUAUCCUAGGAAAAAGUGAAGAGAGCAAGUAUCUGUCUGAAAAUGAACCAAUUUAUUCAGUGUCUGAAAAUAAUGACAUGGAAUCCACCUUCAUUCGGCCAUUGCUGGGAAAUAAAUUGCAGAGCUGA